UUCUUUAUUAAUCAGAGUUCCUCACGAGGUGGCUCCUGUCGAGAUUGGAUCCAUACACACACGACGUAGCCUUCUCCAACUUCACUCUCUCUUUCUCUCUCACACUCUCCACUUUCAAGUCGUAGACAUAACAUAGCUUUCUCUCUCUCGUCGAAGAAGAAGGAUUGUAGUAUCAUCCCCAUAGAAAAAAGACUCCAGAUUUAAUCGUUUUUCUUUAUAAAACAUAAAAACAGAGCGUAUCUUCUGCUCCAAGAACGCGACUUCAAGCCUCCAAGGGGAGGGAGAACCCAACCAAAACAACAAGGGAUCUUUAAGAAUUUUAGCUAAAAAUGUCAAUGCCACUGCAACGUGGCAUCUCAGGAGGAGUACGAGUCUCUAACAGCAGUGAUGAUCUCAGAGACUCUCAAAUGAAAGACAAGUCAGAUAAGGAAACACGUUCCUCUGAUCACUUAACCUUGAGGUUCCCUUUCGCUUUCCUCUUUAGUCAAUCUCCUUCCAAAACUGGAGAAAACGGUUUUCCCACUGAUCCUUACAGCGCAAGGAGCAGACACAAGUUGAUGUUACUGUUUCUCAAGAUCAGUUUGGUUCUAAUUGUGAUCCUUGCUCUAGCUGGUUCCUUCUGGUGGACGGUUUCUAUCUCCACGUCAUCAAGAGGUCAUGUGUAUCAUAAUUAUAGGAGAUUACAGGAGCAGCUUGUGUCAGAUUUGUUGGAUAUUGGUGAGAUCUCUGCUGGUCCCACUAGGUUGAAAGAGUUGGAGUAUUGUAGUAUAGAAGCUGAGAACUAUGUCCCUUGCUUUAAUGUCUCUGAGAUUGGUGAUGAGAAUGAUCGGUUUUGUGGGCCUGGAUCGAAGCAGGAGUGUUUAGAGUUACCUCCUGUGGAUUACAAGGUUCCUCUUAGGUGGCCUACUGGUAAAGAUGUGAUAUGGUAUCAUAAUGUUAAGAUCACUGCUGAUGAAGUGUUGACUUCUGGUAGUAUCAACAAGAGGAUGAUGAUGAUGGAUGAUGAUCAGAUCUCUUUCCGUUCCGCGUCUCCUAUGUUUGAUGAGGUUGAAGAUUAUUCUCAUCAGAUUGCUCAGAUGAUUGGGAUUAAGAAUGAUAACUUCAUUGAAGCUGGUGUGAGGACUAUACUGGAUAUUGGAUGUGGUUAUGGUAGCUUUGGAGCACAUCUGCUCUCUAAGCAGCUUUUGACUAUGUGCAUAGCAAACUAUGAAGCAUCUGGUAGUCAAGUUCAGCUAACACUUGAGAGGGGUUUACCUGCUAUGAUUGCUUCUUUUGUAUCAACGCAGUUGCCAUAUCCUUCUCUUUCCUUUGAUAUGUUGCAUUGCUCAACAUGUGGCAUUGAUUGGGAUAAGAAAGAUGGUCUUCUCCUUGUGGAAGUUGACAGGGUUUUGAAGCCAGGAGGCUACUUUGUUUGGACAUCUCCACUCACAAACGCUCGUAACAAAGAGGAUAUAAAGAGAUGGAACUUUGUUCAUGAUUUUGCUGAAAGCAUCUGUUGGACUCUUCUAUCUCAGCAAGACAAGACAGUUGUUUGGAAAAAGACAGUCAAAACCAAAUGUUACAGUUCCAGGAAGCCUGGAGUGGGACCUUCUGUGUGUAGCAAAGGGCAUGAAGUUGAGUCUCCGUAUUACAGACCGCUUCAGAUGUGUCUUGGUGGAACACGUAGCCGGAGAUGGAUUCCCAUUGAAGCCAGGACAAGAUGGCCUAGCCGGUCUAACAUGAACAAGACUGAACUUUCACUAUUUGGUCUUCACCCGGAGGAGGUUGGAGAAGAUGCAGCAAACUGGAAAGCAAACGUAAGAGACUACUGGUCUCUCUUAUCUCCACUGAUAUUCUCUGAUCACCCCAAAAGACCAGGCGAUGAAGAUCCAUCUCCUCCUUAUAACAUGCUCAGAAACGUUUUGGACAUGAAUGCUCAAUACGGUGGGCUAAACUCCGCCUUGUUGGAAGCUAAGAAGUCGGUUUGGGUGAUGAAUGUUGUCCCUACAGCUGGACCAAACCACCUUCCAAUGAUCCUUGACCGUGGCUUUGUUGGAGUCUUACACGACUGGUGUGAAGCGUUCCCUACUUAUCCAAGAACAUAUGAUCUGGUUCAUGCUGAUAAUCUUUUGUCGCUUCAGAGAAGUCAACGCAGAAGCUCAUGCUCGCUUCUGCAAAUAUUGACAGAAAUGGACAGAGUACUUCGUCCAGAGGGAUGGGUGAUAAUACGUGACAUGGUGCAGCUUGUGGAAACGGCAAGAGCCUUGACAACGCAGUUGAAGUGGGAGGCUAGAGUUGUAGAGGUUGAAAGCAGUAGUGAUCAGAGACUCCUCAUUUGCCAAAAACCAUUCACCAAGCGACAAUCAAUCUGAAACAAGAAGAAAGAGUAGUUUUAUUUUUGUUCCAAGUCUCUCACAGUUUUGGAAGUAGUCACACAACUGUGGUGGCUAUACCGGGAAGAAGAAAGGAGAAGGGAGAUUGAAUAUAUGGAGCCGGGGACGUAAGACCGCCGGUGAAAGUUUCUUUGUAUGGUUUCAUGAGUUCCCAUUUUUAUAGAAUGUUACAUGUUAUAUUUUACUUUGGGGUUACUAUUUUUAUUAUAUUACAGUGAAAAGAAUAUGAUCCAUAUUUGUGAAGAUGUUUGAUGAAAUAUAAGUUGACAAACACUAUUCAGUAGAAUAGGACAUGAAUAGUGUUCUAUGAGAGAGUAUCAUCUGUUUGCAUUGGCCAAUUCAUAACAUGUAUAGAAAAGAGGAGAUUUCAAUGUGCCGGUGACUCUGCAGCUGUCUUUGAUCACUUCACUGGCUCAGUGAACUGUUUGUUAAGGUAAAUUAGCUUAGUGAGCAAGCUGGAGAUCGUCUUGCAGCUAGUCCUCACCUGAUGUUGAUAACCCCAAGAAUGUUGUAGUCUGCUCUUUGAUCAGUGUACAGUUAGAUAACAAGAUCAGUUAGAUUUGGUUAAGUCAGGGAAGCAAACAAGCAUCGCCGCAUAAGGAAGGUUGAUAGUGUAUGGUUUUGCUUACUGCUUUCACACCUUGUCCAACGCUGAGAGAUUUGGCUAUAACUGACCAUUAUGUGAACUUAUUAUGUGAGUCAGUCAUGUUUUUUUGUACCAAGUUUCUUGGCAUGUAGGAUAGAUAUUAAUUUACGAUAUAUGGCAGUGUUUGGUCAUAUCAUGUAUUAGUAGUGUUCCAGCAAAUUUGGUUGGCAUUGGCUUU